GACGUCACUACGGGUACGCAGACGUGUUCACCCUAGCGUCUUUUCUGACGAGCUCGUUCUCGACACUGUUUUCGCUAACGUGGCAGAAAGCUUCUCGAUGAACAUGGAGCUGGCGUUUCUAAUUCCCGUCUCUGUUGUACUGGGUGCACUUGUACUGUUGGUGGUUGUCACUGUUGGAAAGAAAUGGGGUCAGUCGAUGCAGACAGAGGAACAAAGCAAGGAACGAUCUGAGAAGAAAGCAAAUGGAACGGUUGGCAGGACAGCUGCAUCUAAAAAGCAAACCAAACAGCAACGUCUGCGGAAGGAACGACCGCAGCAGCAUGCUUUCUCCCAUCAACUUCUUGCUGCCUCACUCAAGGCCCACAGUGGAAAUAUUUCCAGUCUGGAUUUUAGCAGCAAUGGCAAGUACUUAGCAUCAUGUUCUGAAGAUCGCACUAUUAGAAUAUGGAGCACAAAAGACUUCAUGGAAAAAGAACAUCGUUGCAUCCGUGCCAAUGUGGAGUUAGAUCAUGCUGUGUUUGUGCGGUUCAGCCCAGAUUCAAGAGCCUUCAUUACAUGGCUGGCCAAUGGGGAGACAAUCCGCAUCUUUAAGAUGAGCAAGAAGGAGGAUGGCUCCAUCACAUACAUUGCUUCUCCAGAGGAAUUUUCCCAGAGACACAAAGCUUCAGUUAUUAACAUUGGCAUAGCAGAUACAGGAAAAUUCAUUAUGACUGCAUCCAAUGAUACAACCAUCCUCAUCUGGAACUUAAAAGGGGAAGUUAUGGCUUCUAUUAAUACCAAUCAGAUGACAAAUGCAUAUGCAACAAUCUCACCUUGUGGACGGUUUGUGGCAUCUUGUGGUUUCACACCUGAUGUGAAGGUAUGGGAAGUGUGUUUUGGGAAGGGUGGUGACUUCAAGGAGGUGACACGCGCUUUUGAUUUGAAGGGUCAUUCUGCUGGUGUCCACUACUUUGCCUUCUCAAAUGACUCUCGGCGAAUGGCAAGUAUUUCCAAAGACAAUACGUGGAAGCUAUGGGACACUGAUGUGGAAUACAAGAAGCAGCAGGAUCCUUACCUUCUCAUGACUGGCAACUAUACAGUAGUAGAGCCAUGUCACAUAGCUCUUUCUCCAGAUGCCCGUGUUGUGGCCAUCUCUUGUGGCAAUGACAUGGCCCUUUACAAUACUGAAGAUGGCAAACUGGAGGAAGAAUUCCACAAUGUCCACAGCGAGGAUAUCUCUGAUCUGAGGUUUGAUAUUAACAGUCGAUUUGUGGUGACCACCGGGGACCGUGUUAUCCGUGUAUUUCACAACACUCCUGGGUACCGUGCUGCUAUUCGUGAUAUGGAAAAAAUGCUGAAAAAAGCAUCAAACAGUUGUAUGCGCCAGAGACUACAACAGCAGAUCAAAGAGGCUAAAAGUGCCUUGAACAAAGUUUGCAACAGCAGACAAUAGGGACUUGACCCAUUUUGGUCACAAAAUCAGAAAUGGCUUUUGUGAUGUCCUUAAGUUUGCGGGACAAACAUCAUAUCUUUGUUUUAAAUUGAUUGCAUUUCUAAUAAAAGUGCAUUGGUUUUGCACAUAAAUGAGACAA